AUGAUGCUCAGAGUCGUGUUAGCGGCGCUGCUGACCGCGGCAGCGUACACGGGGACUCUGCCUAAAGAUUGCAGCGACGUCUACAAAUCCGGGUCGGGUCUGAACGGCGUGUACACCAUUUACCCUGCAGGCCCCACCUCUUCUGUGCGGGUCUACUGUGACAUGAACGACGUCAUCGACGCUUCUGCUGAAAAAUGGACGGUGAUUCAGAGAAGACUAGACGGCACAGUGAACUUCUUCAUGAAGUGGGAUCACUACAAGAAUGGAUUCGGCAGCGCUGCUGGAGAGUACUGGCUCGGUCUGGAGACGAUGCACCUGCUGACCCAGGUCAAGAACUACGAGCUGAGGGUUGACAUGGAGGACUUUGACGGUCAGAAGGUUUUCGCCCAUUACGCAGCCUUUUCCGUCGGGCCCGAGUCAGAAGGAUACAAGCUCAACCUGGGGACGUUCGUCAAGGGGGCAGCAGGAGACUCGCUAAGUCUUCACAAUGGACAGAAAUUCACCACCACGGACAAAGAUCAGGACACGCAUCCCUCCAACUGUGCCAGGCUGGCAUACGGGGCAUUCUGGUAUGCGGCGUGCUUUGGUGCCAACCCCAACGGCAUCUACACAUGGGGUCCUUCCCCCCAAGCAGCUGGUGUGCAGUGGAACACCUUCAGAGGGCUUGAACAGUCUCUAAAAACCAUAACAAUGAAGAUCAGACCAGUUGCUACAUAG